AUGCCUUCGUUUACUCUGCAGCAAGUUCAGCAACACACCAAACCAGACAAUAUCUGGAUUGUCCUUCAUAACAAAGUCUACGAUGUAACAAAAUAUCUGGAUGAUCACCCCGGGGGUAAAGAUGUCCUUCUAGAAGUAGCCGGUACCGAUGCCACAGAGGCGUUUGAAGAAGUCGGCCAUUCUGAUGAAGCGAGGGAACAACUGGAGCCGUACUACAUGGGGGAUCUUCCAACAGAGGAACAAGCCGAAGUCAUUGAGGUCUACCGCCCCAACUUCGAACAAGUCUCGCAAUCGGCCGUUGUCAGUGUCAACAAGUCUUCCUCCGGAUCGUCAAUACUCAGCACAAUUGUGAAGCUUGGCUUAACAGGGCUUGUCGGAACCCUUGCGAUUUCUUGUUAUCAAAACGGACGCUCACUUGACAAGAUCUUGUCAUCGCUGCUCUCCAAUUCCCUACCAAAGGGAACGCCAGGAACAACGGCUGGACAAUUCUGGACCGGUGCGUGCAUUGCCACCGUCGCACAGCUUUCCAUCACACUGGGACUAGGAGUCUGGGCUGCCAGUAAGCUGGACGUGCAGCAAGAAUUCACACACUACGUGCCACGACGCCACGCACAACCCGCACAACUUAUUGAACUCCCACGAACAAAUCUGCUCCCGAAAAAGCUUAACGUCCUCGACCCUCGCCAAUGGCGCCCAUUCACCCUCACACGCAAAGACGAAGUCGCACCCCACGUCUACUGCUUCGUCUUCGCCCUCCCCAACACAGAUGACACCAUGGGUCUUCCUACAGGACAGCACAUCGCGCUCCGCGCAACUAUCAACGGUCAAAGCGUCUCCCGCUCAUACACCCCCGUCUCCAACAAUAGCGAUACCGGCCGCAUCGAGCUCCUGAUUAAAAUCUACCCAAAUGGCGCGAUGACUCGCUACCUUGAGGACAUGCAAAUCGGCCAGACUAUUGAUAUUCGUGGGCCAAAGGGUGCUAUGCAAUAUUCUCGCCAGUACGCGAAACACAUUGGCAUGAUUGCCGGCGGGACAGGAAUCACGCCUAUGUACCAGCUCAUCCGCACAAUCUGCGAGGAUCCCAGCGACAACACCCAAAUUUCCCUGCUAUAUGCCAACAAGACUGAAAAUGACAUUUUGCUCCGAACGGAACUAGAUACAUUCGCACAGAAGUGCCCAGAAAAGCUCCAAGUACGCUAUGUGCUGAGCCACGCUGAUGAGAAGUGGACGGGGUACAAGGGAUUCAUCAACGGAGAUGUAAUUGAAAGAUAUAUAGCGCCAGCUGCGGAGGAGAAUCGGGUGUUGCUUUGUGGGCCGCCGCCGAUGUUGGCGGCUAUGAAGAAGGUGUUGCAGGGGAUGGGGUGGACGAUGCCGGGGACUGUUGCUAAAAGGGAUGAUAAGGUGUUUUUGUUUUAA